CGGGCGCUGGGGGCCGAGAGCGGUUCGCGCGCGCUUCGGGCCUAGUCCGGACGGGCCGCCGCCGCCGCCGCCGCCGCCAUAUUCCCGUGGCCGCGCUCCCGCCUUCGCCCAGCGCCCGGGCCCGCGAUCGCCCCGCCGGAGCCAUGUCCGAAGGAGUGGACUUGAUCGACAUCUACGCGGACGAGGAGUUCAACCAGGACCCAGAGUUCAACAAUACAGAUCAGAUUGACCUGUAUGAUGACGUAUUGACAGCCACCUCCCAGCCAUCAGAUGACAGAAGCAGCAGCACUGAGCCACCACCUCCUGUGCGCCAGGAACCGUCUCCCAAGCCCAAUAACAAGACCCCCGCAAUUCUGUACACCUACAGUGGCCUGCGCAAUAGGCGAGCCGCUGUCUACGUGGGCAGCUUCUCCUGGUGGACCACAGACCAGCAGCUGAUCCAAGUUAUUCGCUCUAUAGGAGUCUAUGAUGUGGUGGAGUUGAAAUUUGCCGAGAACCGAGCAAAUGGCCAGUCCAAAGGGUAUGCUGAGGUGGUGGUUGCCUCAGAAAACUCUGUUCACAGAUUGUUGGAACUCCUGCCGGGAAAAGUUCUUAAUGGAGAAAAAGUGGAUGUGAGGCCGGCCACCCGGCAAAACCUGUCACAGUUUGAGGCACAGGCUCGGAAACGUGAGUGCGUCCGAGUCCCAAGAGGGGGAAUACCUCCAAGGGCCCACUCCCGAGAUUCUAGCGAUUCUGCUGAUGGACGGGCCACGCCCUCAGAGAACCUUGUUCCCUCAUCUGCCCGUGUGGAUAAGCCCCCCAGUGUGCUGCCCUACUUCAGCCGCCCCCCUUCAGCCCUCCCCCUCAUGGGCCUGCCCCCGCCCCCCAUCCCACCCCCACCGCCUCUCUCCUCGAGCUUCGGGGUCCCUCCUCCUCCUCCUGGCAUCCACUACCAGCAUCUCAUGCCCCCUCCUCCCCGAUUACCUCCUCAUCUGGCUGUACCUCCCCCCGGGGCCAUCCCACCUGCCCUUCACCUCAACCCCGCCUUCUUCCCCCCGCCAAAUGCCACAGUGGGGCCUCCACCAGACACUUACAUGAAGGCCUCGACACCCUAUAACCACCAUGGCAGCCGGGAUUCGGGCCCUCCGCCCUCUACAGUGAGCGAAGCUGAGUUUGAAGAGAUCAUGAAGCGAAACAGGGCGAUUUCCAGCAGUGCCAUCUCCAAAGCAGUAUCUGGAGCCAGUGCAGGGGAUUAUAGUGACGCCAUCGAGACGCUGCUCACAGCGAUCGCCGUUAUCAAACAGUCCCGGGUUGCCAAUGACGAGCGCUGUCGAGUCCUCAUCUCCUCUCUUAAGGACUGUCUUCACGGCAUUGAAGCUAAGUCCUACAGCGUGGGUGCUAGCGGGAGCUCGUCCAGGAAAAGACAUCGGUCCCGAGAGAGGUCGCCCAGCCGGUCCCGAGAGAGCAGCAGGAGGCACCGCGACCUGCUCCACAACGAAGAUCGGCACGACGAGUAUUUCCAGGAGCGGAACCGGGAGCACGAGAGACACCGGGAUAGAGAGCGGGACCGGCACCACUGAGAAAGGAGUCUGGUUGGAAGCAAAUGUUUUUUUAAUGGACUUGCAUCUCCUCACCUUGAUCAGGACUAAAGGACGGAGGCCACUCCACCCCUCCCCCUUCCUCCAGCCCCUAAAACUCCCUGCAGACACCCAGGGACACCCUCUGCCCUGCAGAUUGAAGAUGCCUGCCAGCCCUCCGGCCCCACGCCUCCCGUGGGCGAGGGGAAGGAACGCGAAGACUUCCGUGCGCUUGGGAGGGAUGGCAGACAGCGCGCCGUGGCCAGGCCCCUGGUUUCCGUAGAGAAUGGUGCUUUGUCCAAGGAAACCCGAGUUUCUGAUUGUCCGGGAGCAGUUCAGUGAGCCUAACGGGAAGGCUCCUUCCCGCGGAAAACGCAUCCUCCGUAUGGGAUCUGGGAGCGCACUGGGUGUGCCAAAUCUGCCCAGGGUCCUGCCCUCAGCACUAUGUUGGAUGGGGCCAAGAGGGUCCGACCCCUUUUCUAACUCACCACUACUUUGUUUUAACUCCCUUUUCCUUCCCAGCCCUUGGGAAGGAGGGACCAGGAGACUAGAAAUUGCUUUCGGAAAAGCGACUCCUGUUCUGGCUUUUCCUUCUUCCAUAGUGACGGUUUGUUUCCCAGACCUCUCAGAGGGCUGAACCCUCCCAGCCUCCCGCUGCCCGGGCGGUCUCCUCGCCGGUGCCCACCUGGCGCCUGGCAGCCCCCAGGCCGCCCUCCCGCAGUGCCGGCUCCCCCAGCUGUCGCCUCUCCUGGUGCUUCUCCAUGCCUCCCGGGUCUCCCUCCUCCCACCAGGCUGCUUCCUUGUUUUAGAGGAAGGCACAGCCCGGGGAGCCGGUGCCCGAGACCGCACCGCCAGGGCCCGGGAGGCGCCGGGAGGAGCCCGCGGCAGAGGCGUGGGCGUGGCCAGCCCCACAGGCUUUUCUGUUGUUUUCAGGUUUGAUGUAAGCGUGGGCUUACAUCCCCUCGGUACACUUUCACUUAGCGUGGGAGAACCUGGCGUUCGUAGGCAAGUCAAGUCGCAAAUUUGGUGUCUUUCCACCUUUCCACUCCCAAUAGCCCCUCAGUCUGUCCCGAGGAGCUUGGCCUGGGACGGGAGCUGGGAAACCACGGAGUCUGGCUGGAAGCCGCUCGGCUCUGCUCUGAGGACCCCCACUCGAGGGUCGGUUUUGGUUCCUUUUUUUUUUUUUUUUCUUAACAUGGGCGGAUGGAAUUGCUUUUCCAUGACAUCCUCUCGUGGAGGGCACAGCAACAGGGUGUCGGGGUGCCCGGUUUGCAGGGCACCUGGCAUCUGGCAGGAGGAGAUGAGUGUGGGAGAUGAGACUUGGCUACCCGAGAGGCAGGGUCACAGGGACGCGCGCCUCCGAGGGGCGAGGCUGAGCCGGUCCGAGCCCUUGCACUGAUCAGCCACCGUGGGCAGUGCCCAGGGUCCGAAAGAGACGUCCCCUCGGGACAAAGGCUACAUGUUGGUAGCUUUAUCCCCCCCGGGACCCCGCCCCGUCCCUGCUCCUUCAGAACAUGACACCCUGCCCCACCGGCCAAGAGUUAAGUGAUGAAUAGCUCCGGGUGUCUUUUUAAAAUGUAGGAAAACCAAGUAAGGUGACUGUUUAAGGGGAAAAAAAAAUAGAGAAUACCAGAAAAGCUGUUUACCCAGAGAAAUUUUUUUUCUCCCCAAUUUUGUUUUUGUUUUUACUCUAUGACACAAAUUUUAGUUUAAUUUCCUGAUAGCAAAAAGGAAAAGAGAAAACCCAACCCUCCAAAAGGCCACGGCCCCGUCCCCUGCUGUCGGUGAUUCGUUUGUCUUUCUGAUAGGUUGAAAAUUGUGUAAUAAACUUGAUGACGCUGUCAAUCUUUUAUACUGCAUUGUAUUUUUUUCCUUUUGUAACAGAAUAUUUUUAAAUAAUAAAUGGGGUGUGAGCUGUUUGACGGA